AUGUCAGAUGAUUGGUUUCAAUCAUGGGACCCUCCGAGUUUCAUACCAAGCGAACCUCUUCGAUUCAAAAGCAUUAACAACACAGUUUUUAAAACCGACUAUCACUCAUCAUCGCCUUUAGAACAAAGUUCUCCAAAUCCAUUGUUAACGUAUAUGGUAGCUUUAAGUCUCAUAAGACCACAGCAGAAACAACAAACAUCUCGAGUAGUACCGUUGGAAACAACAGGUCCAUUCAAAACUUGGUACUACUGGAAAACAUUAGAUUUCGCCUACCCCAGCGAAGAAGAAAGAAAUUUAGCCAUAUUUAGAGGGGAUUUUAUUCCAAAAAAUAAUUUACCGCUCGGCGUGGAAGUUUAUGGAAAUCGAAUAUUCAUAUCGAUGCCCCAGUGGAAACCUGGAGUACCGGCCACCCUGGCCGUGAUACCGCGGGUGCCGAAGGAACCCUCGCCCAAAUUGAACCCCUACCCCAGUUGGAAUUGGUACAGAUCAGACACUUGCGACAGCAUAACAUCAGUAUUCCGAGUGGAAGCCGACGCCUGCGGACGCCUGUGGGUGCUGGACAGCGGCCUGAUCGACGUCACCAUAAAACCCAAGCAAAUAUGCCCGCCAAAAGUCCUGAUCUUCGAUCUUCAUACCGACCAGCUCCUCUACAAACACGUCCUGCCCAAGGAGUUCAUCAAAGAGGACAGCCUGUACUCCAACAUCCUGGUGGACGUGCGCGACGAUUGCCACAGCGCUCAUGCCUAUUUGAGCGAUGUUUGGAGAUACGGAAUAGUGGUGUUCAGUUUGGAGAAGAUGAGAUCUUGGAGGGUGACCGAUCAUUUGUUCUUUCCAGAACCACUGGCGGCUGCUUAUCAGGUACAUCAUUUGCAUUUCGAAUGGACUGAUGGAGUUUUUGGACUAUCUUUGAGCCCUCACGAUUGUCACAAUAGAGAUAGGAUUCUCUAUUUCCAUCCGAUGUCCAGUUUUCGGGAGUUCUACGUGAAGACGUCCGUAAUUUGCAACGAAACCGGUUGGUCUGAAGUGAAAGAUGCUUUCCAAGUACUGGGUCAAAGUCGGGGAAAAUCCGGGCAUGUAUCCGCAUCUAGAAUUGAUAGAAAUGGUGUUAUGUUUUACAAUUUAGUGACGAGAGAUUCGAUAGGUUGCUGGGAUAUCAGGAAACCUUACAAACGGGCUAAUUUAGGCGUGGUUGCCAGAAGUUCGGAAACAUUGGUGUUUCCAAACGACUUGAAAAUCGACAAGGAAAAGCGACAGAGCGUAUGGGUGUUGACCAAUAAAUUACCGUUUUUUAUAUACGAGGGGCUCGACGAAAAUAUGGUGAAUUUUAGGAUAAUGUCAGCUUAUGUCGACGAUGCCGUACGAAAUACCAUAUGUGACCCUAGGAUUGUCCAUACGGAUACUUAUUUAGAGUACAUCGGGGAAGAGGAUUGUUAUUAA